UUCCGCACCUCCCCCAGAACUGCGAUGGCCGUGCUGCUGCUUUCUGAUCCUCGCUCUUACCUGUGGUUUUAUCUUACAGCGCAUGGUUCUCUCUCAGCACCCAAGUGUGUGUGGGUGUCUUCUGCUGCCACAAAGCUGCUCAGCUUGGAGGAGGCACAGGCACAGAGGCGAGGCCACAGCAGCUCUCCCCUUGUGCCAGAGAGCGGGGACAUUGAAGUGGAAGAAGGCCCUGCAGCUGUACAGGGCAAAUUCCACACCGUCAUCAACUUUCCAUCCAAAAGACAAAAUCCAGCCAGCAAGAUGAAGGAAUCACCAGCUGGCUGUUGGUGUUGCUGGAGAAAACCAUCCUCUGGGACCAAACGCCAACUGCAGCGCAAUGCCAGGGAGCCCUCAGAGACAGAAGUCAUGGUCCUGGCAGGUGAAUCGAGCUCUUGCCAACCCACAAGAUCCAGGGCAAGUAGCAGUGAUGCGCUGUGUGCUUCCAUCAGUGGAGAGCUCCUGGGAAGCACAAAUCACUGCAGUUCAAACUGCAGCCUUCCAAGUAACAACAGUGAUGGGGAGAAGGAGCUUGUGCAAGUUCAUGUUCUGAUUUCUCCCGGCUCUGCUGAAGACGCUGACCUGAGCCUGCCAGACACCACAGUCACCAGCCUGGACUGUGACCCAGUGUCUCUGCAGUGCUGUCCAUCCCAAACACGGGCUGAGCGCUCCGACAGCAGCACCUCCAUGCAGGAGCAGGUCAGCAUCAGUGAGGAGGAACAGAGCCUCUUGGAGGGGGACUUACAAUCAUGUCUCCAGUCCCAGGUGCCACACAGCAGCACGAGCUCUGAGCCACCCUCUCCAUGACAAGAGUAGAUGAUUCCCAUCUUUACCCGGACCUCUCACGCCCUCCUCUCUUUUACAAAAUAAUAAAAGCACGCUCGUGCUCAACCAUCGCCUUGACUGCCUGUGGAGUCUUCAUUCACGCAGAUUGGGAUGAAUGCAAGAAGCAACAAGGCACCUCAGCUUGCAACGCUGAGGCUGUGGGGUGCAUGAAGCAGAGCUUCAUGUUUGUUUCCGUUUUGUCUGGCUUUGGGAUGUCUGCAGCGAGUGCUCUGCUAUCAUUUGGUACGAUAGCAAAUAAUCUCUAGCAUCCUAGAUGCUGCUCAUGAUAAUCCCAAACUUCCUGGUUGUGGCUUUGCGAUGCUUUUCCGGGCUUUUUGAUGCUUUAACACCUCUCUCCUCCCGCCGUGUCCAUUCCUGGUUCCCAACCUACGAGCUGGCCAUGCAAAUCAUCUCCAGGCCUGUCAUCUUCAGAAUGCAGCAGGACGAGCUCAACUUGACCAACAUCUGCCCCGCCCCGGCUUCUCACUGCUCAGCGGCUUGUAUACAUAUAUAUGUAUAG